AUGAAUGAAUCUGUCAGUAACAGUAACCCAUGUACUGAUGUGAAUGAAUGUCAGUUGAUUCCAUCUGUUUGUGGUCCAAAUUCCAACUGCACAAAUGUAAAUGGAGGUCACAAUUGCUCGUGUUGGGAUGGAUUUACUGCUACACACCAAAAUCUCACCAUCAGCAUCAAUAACACAUGCACAGAUAUUAAUGAAUGUCUCAACUCAUCUUUGGUUUGUGGACCAGACGCAUAUUGUCUCAAUUCCAACGGAAGCUUCUCAUGCUCUUGUCUUAGUGGAUAUAAUGUCACAAAGAUGAAUGAAUCUGUCAGUAACAGUAACCCAUGUACUGACGUGGAUGAAUGUCAGUUGAUUCCAUCUGUUUGUGGUCCAAAUUCCAACUGCACAAAUGUAAAUGGAGGUUACAAUUGUUCAUGUCGGGAUGGAUUUACUGCUACACUCCCAAAUCUCACCAUCAGCAUCAAUAACACAUGCACAGAUAUUAAUGAAUGUCUCAACUCAUCUUUGGUUUGUGGACCAGACGCAUAUUGUCUCAAUUCCAACGGAAGCUUCUCAUGCUCUUGUCAUAGUGGAUAUAAUGUCACAAAGAUGAAUGAAUCUGUCAGUAACAGUAACCCAUGUACUGAUGUGAAUGAAUGUCAGUUGAUUCCAUCUGUUUGUGGUCCAAAUUCCAACUGCACAAAUAUAAAUGGAGGUCACAAUUGCUCGUGUUGGGAUGGAUUUACUGCUACACUCCCAAAUCUAACGAUCAGCAUCAGUAACACAUGCGCAGAUAUUAAUGAAUGUCUCAACUCAUCUUUGGUUUGUGGACCAAACACAUAUUGUCACAAUUCCAACGGAAGCUUCUCAUGCUCUUGUCUAAGUGGAUAUAAUGUCACAAAGAUGAAUGAAUCUGUCAGUAACAGUAACCCAUGUACUGACGUGAAUGAAUGUCAGUUGAUUCCAUCUGUUUGUGGUCCAAAUUCCAACUGCACAAAUGUUAACGGAGGUCACAAUUGCUCGUGUUGGGAUGGAUUUACUGCUAAACUCCUAAAUCUAACGAUCAGCAUCAGUAACACAUGCACAGAUAUUAAUGAAUGUCUCAACUCAUCUUUGGUUUGUGGACCAGACGCAUAUUGUCUCAAUUCCAACGGAAGCUUCUCAUGCUCUUGUCUUAGUGGAUAUAAUGUCACAAAGAUGAAUGAAUCUGUCAGUAACAGUAACCCAUGUACUGAUGUGAAUGAAUGUCAGUUGAUUCCAUCUGUUUGUGGUCCAAAUUCCAACUGCACAAAUGUAAAUGGAGGUCACAAUUGCUCGUGUUGGGAUGGAUUUACUGCUACACACCAAAAUCUCACCAUCAGCAUCAAUAACACAUGCACAGAUAUUAAUGAAUGUCUCAACUCAUCUUUGGUUUGUGGACCAGACGCAUAUUGUCUCAAUUCCAACGGAAGCUUCUCAUGCUCUUGUCUUAGUGGAUAUAAUGUCACAAAGAUGAAUGAAUCUGUCAGUAACAGUAACCCAUGUACUGACGUGGAUGAAUGUCAGUUGAUUCCAUCUGUUUGUGGUCCAAAUUCCAACUGCACAAAUGUAAAUGGAGGUUACAAUUGUUCAUGUCGGGAUGGAUUUACUGCUACACUCCCAAAUCUCACCAUCAGCAUCAAUAACACAUGCACAGAUAUUAAUGAAUGUCUCAACUCAUCUUUGGUUUGUGGACCAGACGCAUAUUGUCUCAAUUCCAACGGAAGCUUCUCAUGCUCUUGUCAUAGUGGAUAUAAUGUCACAAAGAUGAAUGAAUCUGUCAGUAACAGUAACCCAUGUACUGAUGUGAAUGAAUGUCAGUUGAUUCCAUCUGUUUGUGGUCCAAAUUCCAACUGCACAAAUAUAAAUGGAGGUCACAAUUGCUCGUGUUGGGAUGGAUUUACUGCUACACUCCCAAAUCUAACGAUCAGCAUCAGUAACACAUGCGCAGAUAUUAAUGAAUGUCUCAACUCAUCUUUGGUUUGUGGACCAAACACAUAUUGUCACAAUUCCAACGGAAGCUUCUCAUGCUCUUGUCUAAGUGGAUAUAAUGUCACAAAGAUGAAUGAAUCUGUCAGUAACAGUAACCCAUGUACUGAUGUGAAUGAAUGUCAGUUGAUUCCAUCUGUUUGUGGUCCAAAUUCCAACUGCACAAAUAUAAAUGGAGGUCACAAUUGCUCGUGUUGGGAUGGAUUUACUGCUACACUCCCAAAUCUAACGAUCAGCAUCAGUAACACAUGCGCAGAUAUUAAUGAAUGUCUCAACUCAUCUUUGGUUUGUGGACCAAACACAUAUUGUCACAAUUCCAACGGAAGCUUCUCAUGCUCUUGUCUAAGUGGAUAUAAUGUCACAAAGAUUAAUGAAUCUGUCAGUAACAGUAACCCAUGUACUGAUGUGGAUGAAUGUCAGUUGAUUCCAUCUGUUUGUGGUCCAAAUUCCAACUGCACAAAUGUAAAUGGAGGUCACAAUUGCUCGUGUUGGGAUGGAUUUACUACUACACUCCCAAAUCUCACCAUCAGCAUCAAUAACACAUGCACAGAUAUUAAUGAAUGCCUCAACUCAUCUUUGGUUUGUGGACCAAAUGCAUAUUGUCUCAAUUCCAAUGGAAGCUUCUCAUGCUCUUGUCUUAGUGGAUAUAAUGUCACAAAGAUUAAUGAAUCUGUCAGUAACAGUAACCCAUGUACUGAUGUGAAUGAAUGUCAGAUGAUUCCAUCUGUUUGUGGUCCAAAUUCAAACUGCCAAAAUGUAAAAGGAGGUUACAAUUGCUCAUGUUGGCAUGGAUUUACUGCUACAUUCCUAAAUCUCCCUGUCAGCAUCAAUAACACAUGCACAGUAUACUCCACAUUAACAACGCAACAAGCAGUUAUUAAAAUGUCAUUGACAAUCGAUAAACCUUUCGAUACCAGACUCGCCAAAACUGUUGACAGUUUUUACAAAGAUUUUGCCCAAACAAUCCAGGAUGCAGUCGAACGAAGUUACAAAAGUUUGCUACAAAACUACAAAACCGAUUCAGUAAUAGUCACUGGCUUCAGACCAGGUAGCACUAUAGCAGACUACACGAUUACUGCAACCAACAGCAAUCUGAAUUUUACCUCAGCAAACGAAAAUCUUUCCAAAAUUCUCUCGAGUAAAGGACACCCUGUUGCUCCCAAUGGCUUUGCUCAGACUGAACAAACGACCCUGAUCAGUACAUCAGGUAAAUUCUAUCCUCAGCAAAAGUUGGAGCUAAAAUGUCCACAGUCUGUUUACGGAAAAAUAACAUGGAAAGUGAAUGAAAAAGAACCAGACAGCACAACCUAUACCAUUUCAGAUGAGGGUGGCACACUUAAAUUCAGUGCUGCUUACAGUGACAAUGGCAGAUACUCAUGCAUCACACAAACUGGUUCAAUACCUUACAUCCAGUGGCAAGAUAUUAGCAUCGAACCAGAACCCAGUAUCAGUGUGGGUGACAAUAAACGUGUUUUUCCAUGUGAUGGAAGGACUGUUCAGUUAACAUGCUAUGUUAAUGAAGGCUACAGUGUUGAGUGGGUCAAGAAUGGCAUUGUGCAAGCAUCAGUAAACAGGUCAGGUUCCAUCACAGUAAACCAUACAAUUCCAAAGCAAAGUUGUGAGGAAGACAACUUUACCUGUCAACUGAAGGGUUUACCAAAAGUACUUUUUAAUUACGAUUAUAGCAUGAGCAACGUCACGGUAAAGACGAGCACAGGAGAUUUUAACUGUCAAAAUAACACACUUGGAUUUGGAAAAACAAAUGAUAUGACUAAAGGACUGUGUGAGAGUGGCAAGGAAGGAAGCAUAACGUAUAAAUGCAUAUCAAACGUUUGGGAAAUAGAACAGGAUGACUGUGUGUUAAAAGUAAUCAAAGAUCUUGAAAGCAAAUUGCAGGGUUUAGCUGUGACUGCUAUUCCAGUGUUUAUGGCAAACCUCAGUAGUGCUGUUGAUCAGAAUAAUGCUAGUGUGACGCAAUCUGCUGCGACUGUCAACACAAUUGUCAAGAUCCUCUCUAACAUUGCUGAUUUAUCAAAAGACAUUACCCACAAUAAACCUGUUAUGGAGAGUUUUUUAAACACAGUGGACAUCAUCGUGUCAGAUAAUUCCAGUAAAACUUGGAGUAAUUUGAACAAAAAAAACACGACAGGAAACACCAGCGUUAAACUUCUGCAAGCUAUUGAGAAUAUAAGUGAUCGACUCUCAGAUGUGUUUGCAAUUAAUCUGUCAUCUAUUCAGUUGAUUAGAAACCAAACUUCUCAACUGCCAAACUCAAUGACUCAAAUUGUGAUACCAGAUAUUUCUGAAAAUACCUUUAUAACCGUGAUAUUCCUUUCAAAGCUUAACGAUGUUCUUCCUACUCGUAACAGUUCUAAUAAUGACAACAGUGCAUCACAAAACCGCAUUAAUGGAGACGUCGUUGUGGUUAAAGUUAAUGAAACAAUAAACAACAUUUCUUUUACUUUUGACAUUACGAAUAUAUCAUUGGGAAAUCCUCAGUGUGUCUUUUGGAACUUUACUCUUGACCGAUGGGAUUCCACUGGAUGUAAAGUCAAGAUAACAGGGAAUGAAGGGAAGAAGGUUACAUGUGAAUGCAACCACACAACCUCUUUUUCAAUUCUGAUGUCACCGCCUGGAAUUGAUCAUCCUGCCUUAGCCUAUAUAACAUAUAUCGGUGUUGCUAUUUCAAUAACCAGCUUGAUUCUGUGUCUCAUUAUUGAGAAGAUUGUAUGGAAGUCAGUAAAUCGUAAUGACACGUCAUAUAUGCGACACGUCUCAAUAGUCAACAUCGCUCUGUCUCUGCUUAUUGCAAACAUCUGUUUCAUCAUUGGAGCUGCAAUCGCAGAUCAAGAUAAGUCGAUCUCAGUAGGUCGCUGCAGUCCAGUGGUUUUCUUCAUGCACUUUUUUUAUCUUGCCGUUUUCUUCUGGAUGCUCAUUUCCGCCCUUUUGCUCCUUUACCGUACUGUUGUGGUCUUGGCUCAAAUGUCAAGGACUAUUAUGAGGGUCAUUGGCUUCACAGUUGGUUAUGGUGCGCCUUUGCUCAUAGCAGUUAUUACUGUCGCAUCCACAGCUGGACCUAAAAACUAUGUCUCAAAAGAAAACGCAUGCUGGCUGAACUGGGAACAAUCUAGGGCCCUACUGGCGUUUGUGAUUCCAGCUCUGACUAUCGUUUUCAUAAACCUUGUGGUUUUGAUUGUGGUUGUGUGCAAGAUCUUAAGGAGAGGAGUUGGUACUGCAUCUCAACCAGCUGAAAGACAUAUCCUUAUAGUCAUUGCCCGAUGUUUGGCCUUCCUGACUCCUAUCUUUGGUCUAACAUGGGGAUUUGGCAUUGGAACCAUGGUGUCACGUGACAUUGGCAUUCAUGUGGUGUUUGCACUCCUAAAUUCACUGCAGGGAUUUUUUGUGUUGGUGUUUGGAAUACUUUUAGACGGCAAGGUCCGUGAGGUACUUGGAGGAAAGCUGUCACUGAGUAGCCUAAGUUCCAGUCCUACCAGGAGCACUAAUCCAGGAGUGUCAUCUUCAAGUGGACUGGGACUCUUUGCAAGACUGCGCAGAAAUGUGUACAACGUAUCUAAUCCCAGCUCAUCUCGACCUACUAACAGCUCCGUUGCUUCAGAGAAUUUAAUGAAUCCCUAAUUUAUCAUGUUAUUAUAUUCAACCAAUGUCAUUAUUCAAAACAAUUUAAUCUGUUACGAUGAUUAUUGUAAAAUGAGGUGUACAUUUUGUCAUUUUGCUUUCCGGUAGCUCAUUGGUUAGAGCAUUCUCGUUAACAACGCAAGGUUGUGGGUUCGAUCCCAUGGGAUUGCAAAUACCUAUGUAAAAAUGUAUAGGAUAAAACAAUGUAAGUCCCUUUGGAUAAAAGCGUCUGCCAAAUGCAUAAAUGUAAAUGUAUUUAACAAACAAUUAAUUAUGUUGUUAGUGGUUGGUAAGCACUUUUUUUUUAUUCAUUUUAAUCAUACAUUAAAGUCAUAGCAAGUUAGCAACAACAAAAACACAACUAUUGAACAGUUCACUAUUAAGGGAAAAAGAAAACACACAUUGACUUCAGGUAAGCUAUCGGAAUGGAACGAGUCAUUACUGCCAUAUAUUGUUACAGCUAAAUGUUCCUGGGUUUGUUGAAUGUUUAACUGCUAAAGCAAAAAUAUGAUUAUAUUAAGUAUGUUUUUGAUGUAAUAACUAGGUUUUUGA